CUGGGCAAACACACGCAUGCUUUUCGUAAUAAUUUCGAUCGCAAUAUAUAUUUUUUAAUUAAGAAUGUCUCGUUGGACAGAACAUGAUACGAUUCAGCUUAUAGAAUUAUACAAAACGUUCCCAUAUCUUUGGGAUACGCGAAACAAAUUAUACAAAUCCAUGGUUGCCAGAAAUUGUGCUUAUGAACAAAUAUUAAGAAAAAUGGACGACCCGGAGCUAACGAUAAGCGACAUUAAGAAGAAAAUAAAGAAUUUGAGAUCAUGUUAUUAUCAAGAACUUAGAAAAGUUCAUAAAUAUAAAUUAGAAGGACGUGCUUAUACACCUGUGAUGGUUUGGUUUACGAAGUUCCAAGAAGUUAUGCAAGCAGUGCAUAAAGCAUAUUACGAGGAAGAAUCUGGAUCUGAGAGCGAAGGCGUCAGUCUAGAGUAUAAUUUAGAUGAGGAUAAAGACGAAUAUGUAGUAUCAAUCAAGCAAGAGUUUAUAGAUGAAAUUAAAAAAGAAGAAGAGACCUGCGCUCCUACGGAUUACGAAUACAAUAAGACGCCAGUAAAACUGUACAAAACUAGUCUAAAACGAAAGGAACGAACAGAUGUCCCUGUUGUGUCUGUGCCUCAAGUAAAAGUAAAAAAACCUGACGAAUUUCAAUUGUUUGCGGACAAAAUGGCGGAGCAACUGCGGAAUAUGCCGUUAGAUAAAGCUUUGGAAUUGCAAAUCGAAGUUCAAACCCUCGUCGCGAAAGAGCGACUUGAUUUUUGUAAAGAUGAAGAUGAAAGUAAUAUGGAUAUGGAACAAAAUUAAUAAUAUGCUAUAAAAUGUAAAUGGAAAAUGUUUUUAUUUUUUAUUAUAUUCUGAUU